AUGGCAUCGGCCUCGCGAACCUUCACCCGUGCCCUGCGCACUGCCGCACCAUCCUUUCGCGCUACCUCCACCCGCACUUCGGCGCGCUUCAUCGCACCUACGCAGACGGCUUUCCGCCAACAAUGGCAACGCGGAUAUGCUUCAGGCAAAGCGACAGAGGAAGAGCCAGACAAAUAUGACGGCAACCCAACCGGUCUGAUUGUUGGUGCUUUUGCUCUGCUCGCUGGUGCUGGUGUGUACGGUCUAUACACCCAGAAGCCCGAGUUGUUCGGCCAGGAAAAGAGGAAGACCUUUGUACCCAGGUUUGAGGACUACCAGAAGGUGUAUGAUGCGAUCGCGAAGAAGCUGGAAGAAAAGGAUGAUUAUGAUGAUGGGAGCUAUGGGCCAGUGCUGUUGAGGCUGGCCUGGCACGCUUCUGGAACCUAUGACAAGCUGACCAACACUGGUGGUUCCAACGGUGCAACCAUGCGCUUCGCCCCUGAAGGCGACCACGGUGCGAACGCCGGUCUCAAAGCCGCCCGUGACUUCCUCGAGCCUAUCAAAGAGGCCUUCCCCUGGAUCACGUACUCGGAUCUUUGGAUCCUCAGCGGUGUCUGCGCCAUCCAAGAAAUGCAGGGCCCCAAGAUUCCGUACCGAGCAGGCCGCUCUGAUCGCGACUUGAGCUUUUGCACACCUGACGGCCGUCUGCCAGACGCGAGCAAGGACCGCAGUCACAUCCGCGCCAUCUUUGGUCGCAUGGGUUUCGACGACAAAGCCAUGGUAGCCUUAUCUGGUGCCCAUGCGCUUGGACGCUGCCACACUGAUCGCUCAGGCUUUGAUGGCCCGUGGACCUUCUCCCCCACCACGCUCACAAACGACUACUUCAAACUCUUGAUCGAGGAGAAGUGGCAGUACAAGAAGUGGAAUGGACCCAAGCAGUUCGAGGACGUCAAGACCAAGACGCUCAUGAUGCUACCUACCGAUAUGGAAAUCGUUAAGGACAAGAGCUUCAGGCAGUACGCUGAGCUCUAUGCCAAGGACAACGACGCUUUCUUUAACGAUUUCAGGGAUGCGGUUGUCACGCUGUUUGAGCUCGGUGUGCCGUUCGUGCACCCAGAGGAUCAGAGAUAUACCUUCAAGAGCAGCUUCGACUCAUAG